UGGGACACUUUUAGGGGGCGUGGCUUAAAAGCAGCAUUUCCUGUACAGUCAUUUGAAAACAGCGUCUCCAGGACCUGCAACAUCUGAACCUGUCAGGAGGAACACGGGACAUGUGAGGACUCCAGAGGAACGGCCACCUGAGUUCAUCUCGACUCACUCAUGGAAAGCCAGGCCUGGCUGGAGUCCUCUCUGCGCCGCUCUGCCAGUCUGGGCCUGGAGGUGCUGGAGCGAGCCUCCAGACGGAGUGUGGACUGGACAAGCACCAGAGCAUCCCAGACCUCCACUACGACAGAUGAGGGCACACACAUACCUUUUCAGAGAGCACACGAAGAGCUCGAUGAUGUCUUUGCAACCAUCGCAGGGCUCAUGGUGCAGACGACCUAUCAGUGCAAGAGGUUUUAUGGGUCAGCAUGUUGCACCGAGCCCACUGAGAAUGAGAGGAACCACGUGUCCAGGUUCCACACACGAGCAGGUGCUGGAUCAACAACACCUGCACCGUUGGGCAGAAAACACGUCAAGACCACACAUGGCAAGGCUCCUGUGUCAGCAUUAGGUGAAGAUUUCUACAUCGAGGUUUCUCCAGGGACGUACGCCAUCACUGCCAGCACGCCGGAGUCACAGCAGCAAACUCAGCUGGUCAGCGUGAGAGCCGGAGAGAGCGUGGACCUCACCUUUAACCUUUGACCUCUCACCUGCUUUGGAUGAAUUACCUUCAAUUACAAAACCUGACCAAAGCUGA